CGCUGCCAGGGUCCCCUGCUCUUAGGCCUAUCAGACCACGACACUUUCUCCCAGCCUCACGACCGUUGUUCUUCCCCUCACUCUGAGCUGAGGCCCUCUCCCCUCCCCCUCCUCCUCCUCCUCCUCCUUACUUCGUUCUCCCAAGGCCGCCAGGUUUGAAAGCAUAGUUAGUUCCCUUUACAAUGACAAACCAGGAACGCCCCGGCAGCCCCACUCCCUCAACUUCCACCGCCUACCUCGACACCAAAAUCACUCUCGACAACUUCCGAACCCUCCUUGGUCUACCUAGCGAUCGAGCCCCGAUCCCUCCCACCCAUCUCCCGCGGUGGUGGCCUGAGUCCCUGCGUCAUCGCCGCCUCCCAGAUCCCGAAGAAAACAUUGGAAUAUACUCCAAUAUUCUUUAUCAAGAGCGCAUUACUCAGCGACAAUAUGGGUUAUUCAAAUCCGUGAUAUACGGCGGCCUAAUAACCCAGCUAUUACUCUCUGCCCUGUUGAUCUUGCUAGCGUCCGUGCCGUCAAACCAUCAUGUCGCGAUUGCCGUCUUCGGUGCGCUGAAUGGGGUGAUUACGGGGAUAUUGGCGUUGGUGGGGGGACAAGGGUUGCCUAAUCGGUUGCUGCAGUAUUCGGAUGGCCUACGUGCGUUGAGAGAGCGUGUCGAGUGGUUGGAGAGAGAAUUGGAAGCCGGAAUGCGGGAAGUGCGGUAUCGGGAAGUCGUUGGUCUGAGAGAGGCGUAUGAGGGUCUGAGGGGAGAUGAGCAGGUCAAUCGCCCAGACUUUUGGGUUAGUUUUGGAGGGAGGGGGAGGGGCGCUGAGUGAUGGUGGGGAAAUGCUGGAGCAAUUAACCAUUCGGAAAUCUGGAGUUAGGCAACGUUGUCCUGGGUGAAGGCAAUACAUGAUAUGGGACAUUUAACAAUUUGUUGGUUGUCUCGUUGAAAGCUUUAUACCACGUCAGCUCUUCUUUUUCUCUCUGUCGCUAGGAAUUGUAAUGGAAGGUUGCCGAUACGCACCUUUUGGGCCGCGAGGUUCGGCGAGAUUGGAUAUAUCUUUGGUGAGGAAGAGUUCCCUUGUAAUUCCUAUCCUCUUUCAAGUUCUAUUCCAUGACUUACCUCGAUUAAUCGUAUUCCUGGUAGAUGUUAGUUUACGAGAAGAUAUUGGGCAGAAAACUGAGAUAACUUACCCGGC